CAAGUUUUACUUUUAGGUCUAUCGAAUUCAUGGAAAAUAAAAUUACCGUUAUUGUAUAGUUAUCUACAAUAUUGUUGAUGUCUAAAGAAGUUAAAUGAGUUUUGGGGUAAAAUAUAAAGAAACUACAUAGGUACUUAAUGGGAUAUUGCAAGUUUAGAUAAGAAGUAUAAAAUACACAUUGGGAUAAAUUAUACGCAUUCAGAUUCCAAGUAGUGAGUUGUGUAUUGUGGAGUGAAAUGACCACCUAUAAGUUAAUGGUCUACGGAGGCCGAGGCGCCUUGGGGAAUGUAUGCAUAAACCACUUCAAACAAGCGAACUGGUGGGUAGCAAGUAUUGACUUAAAACCCAAUCCUAUAGCUGACUACAACAUCAUUGUGGCUCCAAAUGCUACAUGGUAUCAGCAAGAAAAACACGUCAUGACCAUGCUGGACACGGCCCUAAAAGAUGGGAAACUAGAUGCAAUAGUCUGCGUAGCUGGUGGUUAUAGACGUGGUAAUGCCGCAAAAAACCUCAUCGAAAAUACAGAACUGAUGUGGAAACAGAGUGUGUGGCCUUCCUCAAUCGCUGCAUCUGUCGCUACUAAAUAUCUAUGUAAUGGAGGCCUGUUAGCAUUAACUGGCGCUAGAGCAGCUUUAGCAAGCACCCCCGAUUCAAUUGGCUAUGGAAUGGCUAAGGCUGCAGUACAUAACCUUACAAAAUCCCUUGGUUCCAAAGACUCUGGUAUGCCACCGAGUUCCACAACUGUUGGAAUACUUCCCAUGACACUGGAUACAGAUGUGAACAGGAAAUGUAUGCCUAAUGCCAACUUCAGUACGUGGACACCACUGAGCUUUAUACCAGAUUUGUUAGAAUCGUGGAUUAAAGGCGUCAAUUGUCCACCCAGCGGCAGUUUAGUGAAGCUUGAUACUAAAAACUAUAUUACAGAAGUGAUUUUACCUAAAACAAAAGAUGAAGAAGUUGAAGUUAUUACCGAAUAAUCUGAAAUAAUUUAAUUAUCACCAUUGUCCCGGCAUAAUAAAUAACUUUUUUCCUGUUUCGCUUCUCACCUAUAUUUUUAUUUAAAAUAUGAAGCCCAUACUAUGUACGUAUGGACCGACGUCCUGUCUUUACUACAAUAAAAUACUUUGUCAUCCUUGUAUU